AUGGUCAAUGCUCCUUUGAAGCAUGUUAUAUUCGUUCCUGGUCCUCCAUGGGGUCACCUGCGUCCGGGCAUGAAGACUGCACUUCGUCUGGUCGAGAAGUUCCAGGACCUGUUCAUCUCGCUGUUUGUGUACCAGACAGAGCUACACAAAGCCGUCAAGUACCUUGACGCUCAACCUCCCGCAUACACGAGACGGAUCAGGCUUGUGACUGAGCCUACCGAUGGCCCUUCAGUGGCCACUGGUCAUUUGGAGGAUAUAGCUGCAUUCCUGGAGGUGUCGUUCGGGUCGUGGAUAGUCAAAGAGACGCAGCAAGCGACUGUUGUACAAGUCGAUGGACGACCAAUAAACCCACCUAGCGUGAUCAUAGAGGACCUAUUUGGAGGCGGUGUGGGAUUGGCGCGCAGGGAGGCACAUAAUCUGCCGGUGGUGGGAUGGUGGCUCAUGCCGACUGGCACACUUGUAAAGAUUCUAAAAGCUAUGAAUUUCGCCAAAGAAGUAGCAGCUUUGCAGGGUUCAUCUAGACAUAAUGCAUUAGUUGAAGAAAGUCAGGUUGAUCCUGAGGAUACCCAUGACCAAUUGGUCAGUAUCCCAGGAAUCCCGCCAUAUCAUGAAUGGGAGUCCAACACUCAAGAUCUCCCAUAUCUUGAUUCGUGGACAGCAUAUAUAAUUGCACGAUGGAAGAAUAUGUUCAAGAACAUAGAUACUAUUCUCUGUUGUACAACUUUUGAGAUGGAACCUCUGGUUGCCGCUGCUCUUCCACAUGCCUUCGGAAAGCCCCUCAGAGCCUAUUGCGUCGGUCCUUCUGUUGACCUUGUACCGCCUCACGAACCCGAUCCCAAGUCGCCUGUCACCCAGUUCCUUGACCGUGCAUAUGCAGAAAAUGGCGCGCAUUCAGUCAUCUACAUUUCGUUUGGAACCUUAUUCUUCCCCCCUCCGAGCUCGAUGCCUCAUCUUAUGUCUGUUUUGGGCGAGAUCCCCAAGGCCGGGUUCAAGUUCGUGUUUGCACUGUCGUCUAAGAGCGCAACGCUUGACAAGUCAUGGAUGGAUGCACAUGUCGAGGCGGGCAAUGCGGUGUUCCCCGAGUGGGCGAACCAAACUGCAGUUCUAGAGCAUCCUGCGAUCCACUACUUCUUAUCUCAUGGCGGGUGGAACUCGUGCACCGAAGCGAUUGUACGUGGCGUCCCGAUGAUUUUCUGGCCAAUGAUGGGCGAUCAACCUAUGAAUGCUAUACAAAUUGCCUCUGUGCAUGACUGCGGCUUCGAGCUUCUGCAAGUGCGGACAGGAGCUGCCAGAUCUACAGCCUACCGCAAUGGUUCCGAGGUCGAGAUUGUAGGGACAGAGGACGCAGUACGGGAUGAGAUGAAGCAGAUACUGAAGAUGAGCAAAGGGACGCGAGGCAAGCAUCAACGGAUGAAUGUGCGCAUGCUGGGGAAGGUUGUUACUGACUCGCUCGGACCUGGCGGAAGUGGGGACAUAGCGUUGGAGAAGUUCGGUCGGGAGAUAGGCCUUGCGUGA